AUGUCUCAACCUACCAUAGAUAUAGAGAAGAUCAAGAAUAGUAGUGAUGGGUCGAUUCUGGGGAUGGCAUCACUGGCAUUCAAUGAAGUGAUACUAAAUAAUCCUUAUUUUGCUGCUGGGGGAGGUUUAAUGUUAUUGGGAACUGGUUUGGCGGUGGCUAGACAAGGUAUAAUGAAAUCUUCAGGUUUCAUCUAUAGACAAUUAUUAGUAGAUUUAGAGAUUCCUUCUAAGGAUAAGUCAUAUUUAUGGUUUUUAGAAUGGAUGUCUCAAUAUAAGAACCGAUCAUCUCGUCAUUUAUCGGUAGAAACUAACUAUAUUCAACAUUCUAAUGGUUCAGCUACCACCAAAUUUUCAUUAGUUCCAGGUCCAGGAAAGCAUUUGAUUAGAUAUAAAGGAGCUUUCAUGUUGGUCAAUAGAGAAAGAUCAGGGAAGUUAUUGGAUAUGACCAGUGGUACACCUUUUGAAACUGUCACAUUAACUACGUUGUACCGAGAUCGGAAAUUGUUCUAUGAAGUAUUGGAAGAAGCCAAAAGAAUGGCUUUGAAAGUAAGGGAGGGUAAAACUGUCAUUUAUACUUCAUGGGGUCCAGAAUGGAGACCUUUUGGUCAACCUAGACAGAAGAGAUUAAUGGGUUCAGUCAUCCUUGAUGAAGGAGUUGAUCAAAUGAUUUUAAAUGAUGUGAAAGAUUUCUUAAAAAGUGGUGGUUGGUACCAUAACCGUGGUAUUCCUUAUAGAAGAGGUUAUUUGUUAUAUGGACCUCCAGGAAGUGGGAAAACUUCUUUCAUCCAAGCCAUUGCUGGGGAAUUAGAUUAUAAUAUUUGUCUUUUGAACUUGAGUGAAAAGAAUAUGACCGAUGAUAGAUUAAACCAUUUGAUGAACCAUAUCCCUGACAGAUCUAUUUUGUUACUUGAAGAUAUUGAUGCCGCUUUCAAUAAGCGUGAACAGUCAGAUGAUCAAGGGUAUGCUUCAGGAGUGACAUUUUCAGGAUUGUUGAAUGCUUUAGAUGGUGUAGCUAGUGCUGAAGAAUGUAUUACAUUCAUGACCACUAAUCAUCCAGAAAAGUUGGAUAAUGCAUUAUUGAGACCCGGAAGAGUGGAUUUCAAAGUUCUUAUCAAUAAUGCUUCUGAUUAUCAAGUAGAGAAGAUGUUCUUGAAGUUCUAUGAUAAUGAUAUGGAGAACUGUAAGAAGUUCUUGAAUAAAUAUAAAGAGUUGGGAUUGAAAGAUGUCAGUACGGCUCAAUUACAAGGAUUGUUUGUAUAUAAUAAGAGAAAUCCUCAAGGAGCUAUUGAUAUGGUGGAGAAUUUGAAACAUCCUAACAAUAAGUUUUAG